CAUUUGCCCAAAGUACGGAGUAGUCUACUUUGUAUAUGCAGGGUUCCGUCACCAUCUGUGCGUUCUCGUCACAUAUCACACAGAGUUUAGUCGCGAGCCUGUUGCCGACUUCAUACAGUGUGUUUAAAUCAUUCUCCUUGCUCUUCUUUCUUAAAGGGCAAUAUAGCGAUUUCGUAGACGCGACGACCCAAGAAGAAACAACACAAGUGCCAAAGGGCAAAUGGCCAAGCACAUUGGCACUCCUCCCUCCCGGGGAAGUAGUUAGCUAUCAGCCGUCCAAGACGGCCCAUACAUACCAUCAUCAUCAUCCUUCCAACAACCCCAACACCUCCCCAGCUGGCGUCGCUUAUUUGCCGCACCGAUGCCAAUAUAGGGGCCAUCCGCUGAAUAGAUCAAUACACGGGACAAGAGGAGUAGCCAUCGCCCACAUCCAUCGCCCACAAAAUUGAGAAAACAACAAACACAAACAGAUACACACACAAUCU